AUGCCUGUGAGCGCCAUUGAUUCCUUCUUGUUUAAGAACCUGUUCGGCACCAAGGAAAUUCGGGCCAUUUUCGACGAUGCAAAGUACAUCGACUACUGUGUACAGGUUGAAGCAGCUCUUGCUCGAGCACAGGCUUCAUGCGGAGUGAUUCCACAGAAUGCUGCGGACACCAUCUCCGAAGUCGCCUCUCGAGUCUCUCUAGACCACGACAAGCUCGAAGAAGAGACAGAAAUCGUGGGCUAUCCAAUUCUACCCUUGGUACGCCAGCUUUCAGCUGCGUGUGGCGAGGAUGCAGGUCGCUAUCUCCAUUGGGGAGCAACUACCCAGGACAUCCAGGAUACCGCCGCAGUCUCGCAAAUGAAACAUGGCCUUGAGGUGGUCGAGACGAAAUUGAAAGCUGUCUGCAAGACACUCUCCUCACUGGCACUCAAAUACAAAGAUACCCCAAUGGCAGGCCGAACGCAUCUACAACACGCCUUACCAGUCACCUUCGGCUACAAAUGCGCCGUCUACCUCUCCAGCUUCCAACGCCACCUCGAACGCCUCGAGCAGCUACGACCACGCUGCUUGCUUGUUCAAUUCGGCGGUGCGGCGGGAACAUUAGCCUCCCUAGGCAGCGACGCAGAGAAGUCUCUUCAAGUCCGGAGAUUCUUAGCACAGAAACUCGCUCUCCACGAUCCCUCAAUAACAUGGCAUACCGCCCGAGACGGUAUUGCCGAAAUUAUCAACUUCCUUGCUCUCACCGGCGGUUCUCUGGGCAAACUCGCCAAAGACUUUAUCAUCAUGUCCUCCAACGAAUUUAGCGAAGUGAGCGAACCUUUCGUCCCUCACAGAGGAGCAAGUUCCACCAUGCCACAGAAACGCAAUCCGAUAUCGUCAGAGGUGAUCCUCGCAGCCUCGAAAAUCCUGAGGUCCAACGCGAGUCUAUGUCUCGAUGCCGUGAUCACGGACUUCGAACGGGCGAGUGGACCAUGGCAUCUUGAAUGGGCCGCGGUACCAGAGUCCUUUGUAAUAGCAGUGGGAGCCCUAUCUCAAGCCGAAUUCGCGCUCUCAGGACUAGUGGUCAACACAGAACGAAUGAGUCGGAACUUGAAUUCCACCCGCGGACUCAUAGUUGCUGAGGCUGUGAUGAUGGAGCUGGCGAAGUCUAUUGGGAGGCAACGGGCUCAUGAUGUGGUUUAUGAAGCUUGUGGGGAGACGAUUAAGAGUGGCGAUGAGAAGAGGACGUUAUUUGAGACGUUAGCUGAGAGGGAAGAGGUUGUGGGUGUGAUUGCGUGGGCAAGAUUAGAGGAGUUGUGUAAGCCGCAGAAUUAUCUUGGUGCGGCGACGAGGAUGGUGGAGGACGUGCUUGCGGUGAGUUGGAAGAUGGGGGUUGAGUGA